CCCGGCCGGAACAACAACCGUCGGGCCCAUUGACCCAAACGGGCCCUCAACCCCCGCCAACAACUCGCACUCCCGUAUGCAUAUACAUACAUAUAUAUCUACCUCCCUACCAGCCCAUACAGGGCAUCACAUAUAUAUAUACGGGACGACAGAGCUGCGUCUGCUCUCCGCCGCAACCAACCCUCCAACUCUCAACUCCGCUCAACCCCGCCUGCCCGCCAUGACCCCAACAAACGUCUACUCGCCAGUGGUCGACGUGCCUCCAGUCCCCCCAAAACGAAGGAAGGGCGUGCAGCGGGGGUUGGAGGCAAGGCAUAUACAGAUGAUUGCUAUUGGCGGAACAAUAGGAACCGGACUUUUUGUGGGCUCAGGAGCGACGAUUGCGAUUGCGGGGCCUGUCGGGGCAUUAGUUGCUUUUCUCAUUGUCGGGACGAUGGUGUUCUUUACGACCUCGAGUUUGGGGGAAAUGGCGACGCUGUUUCCUGUGUCGGGGUCGUUUGUGACUUAUGCGGGACGAUUUGUGGAUCCUGCCUACUCAUUCACCCUCGGCUGGAACUACUGGGCCCAAUGGGCCGUCUCGCUCCCCUCCGAGCUCAGCGCGCUUGGGAUCAUCGUCUCCUUCUGGACGCCCAACGUGCCGACGUGGAUCUGGUCCGCGUCCAUCCUCACCGUGCUGGUCGCGGUGAACCUCGUCAGCGUAAAGAGCUUUGGGGAGGCGGAGUACUGGUUGGCGGCUGUUAAGGUUGUUGCUGUUAUAGCGUUUAUAUUUGUGGGAGUGGCCGUUGAUCUGGGCUGGCUGGGAUCCAACCCUGCUGUCGGGUUGGAGUACUGGUCGAUACCCGGCGCACCGUUCAAGAACGGGGUUCUGGGAGUGUUCAACGUGUUUGUGAUUGCGUUUUUCAGCUUCGGUGGCACUGAGUUGAUUGGGAUCACGGCGGGGGAGGCGAAGAAUCCACGCAAGAAUGUGCCAAAAGCGAUCAACCAAACGUUCUGGAGAAUCUUAAUCUUCUACAUCCUCUCCAUCCUAACAAUCGGCCUCCUAAUCCGCAACGACGACCCAACCCUCCUCGACUCCUCCACCCCCUCCGACAUCUCCAUCGCGCCCUUCACGCGCGUCUUCCAAUCCGCCGGUCUGAACUCCGCUGCCCACGCCAUGAACGCCGUGAUCUUCACCGCGGUGCUAUCGGCGGGGAACACGGCGAUCUAUGCGGCGAGUAGGACCCUCAUGACGAUGGCGAGGGAGGGGAGGGCGCCCGCGUGGCUUGGGGUGGUGAAUGCGAGGGGCGUGCCCGUCGCGAGUUUGGCGGUGACGACCGCCGUGGGGUGCUUGUGCUUUUUGGGGACGGUUUUUGGAGACGGCACCCUCUUCACAACCCUCCUCCACCUAACCGGCCUCUCCAGCAUCCUCACCUGGCUCUCCAUCACCCUCAUCCACCUCCGCUUCCGCGCCGCCUGGACCGCGCAGAAUCGCUCGUUGGACGACUUACCCUACCGCGCACCCUUCUUCCCAUACGGGCAGUAUCUAAGCCUGGCGUUGGGUGCGGCGGUCAUUGUGGGGAUGGGGUGGGCGGCGCUGGACGAGGGGGGAAGUCGGACUCCCGCUCUUCAUCCUCCUCUACCUCGUGCACAAGUACCGCAACAACACGAACCUGAUCCCGCUGCUCGAAUGCGAUCUCGACACGAAUCGGUUGCCCCUGUAUGAGAAUGAGGAGGAGGAUGGUGAGGAGGAGGAAGGCGGGGAGGGGGAGGUGGAGGUGGAGUUGACGGAGAGUGAGG